GAGGCCCGAUCGAUAACAACCCAGUGCAGGAGGAUCUCUCCGGGCAUGGGGAGAACCCAAAAAUAGACAUCCUGGCUUGUCAAAAACAUCCAAGACAGAAGGCCAUUCUUCAAAGAGAACGAGGCCAAGCAGCCAAUACCAGCCCAACCCACCAUCACAGACAGCUACAAGUAUCCGUAUUUUGGCAUGUUUUUUGGAAAGCGUGGGUUCGAAGUAGGUGCCUCAGGCCAAGGUGGGGACCCCUUCCACAACCCAAAGUAGCAACAGAUGUGGACAGAAGAAAAGAAAUGAAGCGAGGUUGGUAAAGACUUCUUUGGAGACAAUUAUAUUCAGAAUUUCAAGGACAAUGGCGUACACACAGGUAACACACAGGGUUUUCUUUCCGUCAAAUGCCAAAUUUGGUUUUCCAAGAGAAGGCAUACUUUUGAGUUUAGGUUUAGAUUAUUUUUCUUUUUACACUGAAGUGCACUCACUUGGUACAUUAAAUAUUUCAAUAUUUUCUCCAUGUGUUGAUUUAAAAUGAAAAUUUGCUUUGAACAUUGCUUAUGUUUAUUGAUAAGCAGUCAUAAUGUACUUAAUAAUGAACUGAUCAUCUUACUUCCUUUAGAUCCCCAGCUCAUUAUUUGUGUUCGGUCCAUUUUUUUUGGUAGUAAAAAAGAGAGACAGAAUUUCAGCAAAAUGUUUGAUUUGAUACCCAACCAACUAACCAACCAAUAAUUCUUACAGACAUGUAACACAAGGUCCUUAAAGUCUUGUCCCAAGCAAGAAGCUUGAUGAGGAAGACACCACUGUUGGCUCUACGCUUCAAAAUUGGAAGAAAUACAAAAUAACUGGAAAUCGCCCUUGCUCUGGAGUUCCAUGCAAGGUCUCAGCUCGCGGGUCAAUGAAAAAGUGAGGGUUCAGCCCAGAAUUACACAAUGGGAGCCUGUUAAUGAUCUUAAGAGAGCAAGGACCACAGUAAGGAAAACAUUAGGCAAAGGCAACAAAGGAGUGGCUCAAGAAGAAGCACAUUAAGAUCCUGGAGUGGCUGAGCAAGUCUCCAGAUCUUAAAGGGUACUUAUUGUGCUCAUUUUUUGGCCUUUUGUAUUGCUUUGUGGACUCCUAUAGCACAACUACACAUGAUAACCAGCACAGAAAGCUUUCUAGUUCUUCCAGAAUCUGCACCUAUUCAGCUGUAUUUCUUUGGAUUUUGUGGUUCCUGCGAAAUGGUCUGUUUUCCACCCAUGGCCCGCCUCCAGGCAUGCUCACUCUGCUGUGGUUGGUCUAGAAGGACUUAGAAAGACUUCUGGUUUGUGCCACAAGCUACUGUGACAUCAUAAAGGAGCAAUUUAACCACACGUUCUGAAACCGAACAUUUUGAGCCAUCCCAAACUUCUUUCAGGGCUCAAUUCCAAAAGUGCAAACCUCAUUAUCUGAAACUUUGGCAUUUUUUAACAUGAGAAUAUGACAUUCUAACUACAUUUAUAGGUUAGAAAGGUGGAAAAAGAAUAAUAGGUCCCCUUUAACAUCACAGAAAAUCUCUAGCAGGAGCACAGACAUUGAGUUGCCAGGAAACAGCCUGGAAACUUUCACUCAUCGGUGAGCAUCUGUAAAGAGGAGUGGACCAAAAUCCCUCCUGAGGUUUGUACAACGCCAGCGAUCAACUCAAAGAAACAUCUCACCUUAACGUGUGCCCACAGAAUUUUGCCCAGCAAGGAAUGAGACAGAUACUCAUUUCAAUUAUUUCAUCGACUUUUCAGUACUUUGCUUCAUGGGCAAUACCCUCAUCUGUGGGUUCUUGCUGGUAGAGGAUCAGAUACUUAUUUUACUCAAUCAAAUGCAUAUUGAUUUGUAACCAUUAUUUUUUUUAUAUAUAUAUUUGGUUGAUAUUCUGUCUCGUUCUGUUAAAAAACACCCGUAAACAAGUUGUAAACAAAGGUCUUUAUAAGAGGGUCAAUUUACAAAAUCCAUGUAAUUGUGUAUGAGUGUCUUAACAUUCUUAAUCCACUAAUGUGUUUUUGGUACCUGGACCUAAAGAUGCAUUCACCUUGACUGGGAUUCGAACCCUCUCCCCCUGUGGCAAGCACUGGCUUCGUAACCCACUGUGCGAAAAAAAAGAACUUCAACACUAUACAUAACUGUCAGGUUUCUAGAAUUACUAUUGUUAAUAACGCAAAACACACACUUAACCAUUUACGUAUCUUUGAUUAGUUUGACAUGGCAACAUACAGAAGCUGAAAUCUGAUUGGACAAAACAUUCUGAACCUACACAUACACUACUGGUAGCAGUGCAACCAAGAGACACACUAUGAAAUGAAGAUAAUAGACUAUUGAUAAUAAAUUAAUACAAUUUCAUGGCACAAAUAUUAGAAUUAAGUUGUAAAUGUUGGUCACUGCCAGCAGAAGGCUUUGCUGGCCCUGAUUGCACACGACUGAAAUCCACCUCCACUUUUUGAUUAGUAUGCUGAGUUUUUGUAACUAUCGAAAGCUUCAAAAACAAAGGAGAAAAAAAAACAUCUUUUCUUUCUUUGCUUUCUCAGACUUUGUUGAACAGACCACUGAUGCAGCCACAGGAGUUGCCUCCAUUAUUGUGAACAAUGCAGGUGAGAAUGCCAUUGUGAUUGUGGCUGGUACCAACAUGUUGCUGAGCAUGAAGGAGCUGCAGGAGGCUCGUCCAGCCAUCAGCUGUGCAAAAGUACUUGUUUGCCAACUUGAGAUCUCUCCGCAAACAUCUUUGCAAGCUUUGCGCAUUGCUAAGGAGAACAAAGUUAAGACAAUAUUCAACCCAGCGCCAGCUAUCCCUGACUUGGAUCCUGAGUUCUACAGAGUCUCUGAUGUGUUUUGCUGCAAUGAGUCUGAGGCUGAGUUGCUGACAGGCUCAUCUGUAAAUACUGUGGAGGAGGCAUGUCGGGCUGGUCGGGAGCUGCUGAGUCGAGGAUGCGGCACAGUUAUUAUCACCUUGGGAGCCCAAGGAUGCGUGGUGCUCGACGCGCAGGAUGUGUCCUCUAAGCAUGUUCCAACAACGGCAGUCGCAGCGGUGGACACCACAGGUGCAGGAGACAGCUUCAUUGGAGCGCUGGCAUUUUACAUGGCUCAUUAUCCCACCAUGCAACUGGAGGAGGCGGCCCGGAGAGCAGGUCAAGUGGCAGGAGUGAGCGUGCAGGCCAUGGGCACGCAGACGUCUUUUCCACAUAAACAGGAUUUAGCGGCUGAGCUUUUUUGAGAGCAGAAAUACAAAUAUGGAUUAACCGGAAGUUAGAUUGGCUUUUUUUAAUUCAAUAUGCUGCUUUUGAGCCAUCUCAUCAACUAUUGAAGGACCAUGAAUGAUGUACAUAUAUAGAGCAUACAGAACAAUAACUUCAAUGCACAAUGAAGCUGAAGAAUUCAUUCUAAUGUUUUUAUUUGGAAUAGUUUCAGAUUGUGACAUGGUGACAUGAACAGGCACAAAACUCACUUUGUCAUUUAUGUUUUUUGAAUGGUUCUAAAAUAUAGAAAUAACAAAAUACAUGACUGUGAUGGCAUGCCAAAUGAAUAAAUACUUUAUA